AUGAUGCAAGCAACUGAUACAAACUCUGCAACCUCUUCUUCAUCAGCGGCCUCGAAUUCGUUUCAUCUAAGAUGGUCUCGUCUCACCAAGACGGUUCAAUUGGCAAAUGAAAACAAAGGUUUGAUGAGAGGUUCGGUCGCAGGUGGGGCUUCUUCUGCUAACAAAGAUUCCUUGAAAGAAUCAACUCUCACGAGUUCCACCAAAAUCAUUCUGGAUGCAGUAUCUGGAAGCGCUGCGCCUGGCCAAGUUUUGGCCUUGAUGGGACCUUCUGGUUCGGGAAAAACCAGUCUGCUGAAUUCCCUGAGUGGACGCACUGUUUAUGAAAGCGGUGAUUUGUCCAUCAAUGGAACCACCUUGACACCGCAAGCCAAGAAGCGUCUCCUGACCAAAAUUGCGUACGUCAAGCAAGCCGAUAUUUUCUUUUCGCAUUUGAGCGUACGAGAUCAAUUGACGUAUACCGCCAUGUUACGAUUGCCACAAGAUUUGCCCACGGCGCACAAAGUGGAAGAGGUGGAAAAGAUUUUGGACAUGUUGCGGUUGACGCAUGUAGCGGAAUCCCCCAUUCAUUUACUAUCUGGUGGAGAAAAGAAACGUACCAACAUUGGAACCGAGUUGCUCACUGAUCCAAGUGUGUUGCUACUAGACGAACCUACUUCUGGAUUAGACUCGACCAGUGCCGUGUCACUGUUGCAAAUGUUGCAGCAUUUGGCCAAACAACACCAAAAGACUGUCAUUACUUCGAUUCAUCAACCCAGUUCCAGAGUUUUCUUUUCCUUUGACAAGCUCAUGCUGCUGGCCCAGGGUAAUGUGGUCUACUUUGGGACUCCCCGUCACUCACUCGAGUACUUGAGAAAUGUCAACUUGGCCUGUCCUGAUGGAUACAAUGCGGCCGAUCACUGGAUGGAUAUCUUGGUCAAAUCCAACAGUGCAAGCAGCAGCACCAAACAAGACCAGACGAAUUUGACGACUUUGACGGAACAAGAUUCUUCCGAUGCCGAUGUCGAAGAUUCCUUCAAGCCAUCCAAUCAAUUGCUCAUUGAAGCUUGGGACAAUGAAUCCAUUGCGACCCAAGUCGAUGAGGAUGCCAAAAAGCACAAGGAACAACAAGCGGCACUGCAACAAGAUUCUUCCGCUGUGCAUGAAAAGGAAAAGAAAUUCUCCAAAUACAAUACGUCGUGGACCAUGCAAUAUCGCAUCUUGGUCCACCGGGCCUUGAAGAACUCAAGGUCGGCCAUUUUCACUCCCAUCAACUUGAUCAAGUCUGCGGCGUUGGGAAUCAUGGUGGGGUGCCUUUAUUUUCAAAUGCCUUAUACGGAAGCCUCCGUCUUUGAUCGGAAUUCCUUUUUCUUUUUUGCCAUGACCUACUGGGUCUUUGAUGCCAUGUUCAAUGCCAUGAUGGCCUUUCCCAUGGAACGCAUCGUCAUUCUCAAGGAACGAUCCUCCGGUGCCUACCAUUUGAGUGCCUAUUUCAUGGCCAAGACGACCAGUGAAAUGCCCAUGCGCAUGGCAUUGCCCGCCAUUUACAUGACGAUCUCGUAUUGGAUGGCGGGGAUUUCACCAAGAGUCGACUUAUUUUUCCUCACGACGCUCAUUAGUUUGCUCAGCGUGAUUGCGGGAGAAUCCAUUGGACUCUUGAUUGGAGCGUCCAUUUAUGACAUGGAAACGGCCAUGGCGACCAUGACUGUAAUGUCGUUGGGAUUAAUGCUCUUUGGUGGAUUCUUUAUUGAAAAUGUCCCUUUUUGGUUGACCUGGGGAAAGUAUCUAAGUCCCUUCAAGUAUUCCUUUGAUGCCUCUCGCCAACUGGUCUUUGAUCGACCAGUUCCAUGCGAUGGAAGUGGACAACUGGAACGCUUGUGUGGACUUUCGGGUGCCGAAAACAAUGAAUUUGCCUCGUCCGAGGAUGUCAUUGAAGCCUUGGGUGUCCAAGGCAGCGUACUCUUCAAUGCACUCAUGUUGUUGGUCAUUGGAUUGGUUCCACGUUUCAUUGCGUAUUUGGCAUUAAGGGCCAAGAAGGAACAAGAUCGAUAG